AUGAAGCGCGAACGUCUGCGGGAGCGAAGCCGGAGCACGACGACCCCCUUGGUCGACAGGUCCGACCACCCGGCGCCGCGUCGCAAGAAAACCAUCGCCGACCCCUUGGCGCCGAGAAAUCGACGCAUCAGCCGCCGAUUUUCACGCCAUCUGUCCACGUCUUCGCUCCUUUCCCAGUGGACCUUCAAUGUGAGAUUUACAACAUUUCAUUCUCUCAUUAUAAAUGUACACUGCAGUACAUUAGAGAUGAGUUCCUAGUUUCACACGAGAGAAACGCGAUGUCGCUGGCGAUACCGCUUUUUCGCCGCGUUUAUUUUUGCGCGAUCUCGCCUUCUGUUCGCGAUUCUCACGCACUUGGAAAAAAUUGGAAACUUCCGGAAUGCGACACUAAAAACAACUGCAUAGUCCGCCGCGAGAGAAACGCGAUGUCGCUGGCGACACCGUCUUUUUUUGCCGCGCAGUAUAAGCAUUCAUCUUGACGUGUUAUCGCAUUUCUCUAGCGAUUUUUCACGUGCCUAAAAAAAAUCAAAAUUUCCAAACGCGGCACUGAAUUAACUGCCUACUUCUGCACGAGAAAAACGCGAUGUCGCUGGCGACAUCGCCUUUUUUGCCUCGCCGUAUACGCGUUUAUCUUGACGCGAUAUCGCAUCUCUCUCGCCAUAUUCACGCGCUUAAAAAAUAAUGAAAAUUUCGAAACGGAGUACUGAAGAUACCUGCCUAGUCCGUUGCGAGAGAAAAGCGAUAUCGCUGGCCAUAUCGCUUUCUUGCCGCACCGUAGUACAAGAGUUCAUCCUGACGCGACAUCGCAUUUCUCUCGAGAUCUUUUACGUGCUAAAUAAAAAUGAGAUUUUCAAACGCGACACUGAAGAUAGCUGCCUAGUACGGCGCGAGAGAAACGCGAUAUCGCUGGCUUUUUUUUUUGACAACCUCGCAAAUGAAGCGCUUUUUCGCCACGCUAGACUCGCUUUUUUCAUGGUGCGACAUCGCAUUCAUCUCCCUAUUCGCACGGACUUGUAAAAAUUGAACAUUUCCAAAAAAAGCGAAGUCAGCAGCACUGUUGCGAUGUCGUCAAUGUACCGCGAAUAAUUUCGCCUUCGUCACUCUUUCUUAUGAUCACUAAAUAAUUGCUUAGCCCGCCGCGAGAGAAUAGCGAUGUCGUCGUAAAGUGGAUCGAUUUUUUACCGCGCCGGAUCCGCAUUUUUUUUUUGCGCGACAUCGCGUUUCUCACGCACUUGGAGAAAAAGUUGAAAAAAAAUUUUUUUUUUCAAAAACGAGACGGCACGGCUACACAGCAGCACUUUUGGAGAAAAGAACAACUUUCUCUCAAAGUUUUUCACUGCAAACAGGAUCAUAAAUCUCCGGUUCCAUUCCAGAUCCGACCCUGGCGACGUCGUCAUAACGCCGAGCCGGACGGAACGCCGUCUUUCAUCACGACGGCCACCAGCGUGGCCAACUUCCGGAGCAAGCUGUUCAUCAUCGACGCCAAUGUGAGUUUCAACUACAAGCUGAGAAGUGAGGUCAUUUUGAGAACUUCCUGA